UUCGAGCAGCAGUUUGAUCAAUUAGUCUUUUUUCUUUUAUACCAGUAUAAACACUAUUCUAAAGUAAUAUGGGAGACGAAGAAGAUCCAUGGGGUUUCGACGAUGGCGGCGAUGCUGAGCCAGCUGCAGCAGCUUCAUCAUCUAAUCAGGGAACUCCUGCUCCACCCUCCAAGGCCCCGAGUGUUGCUUCCGACCAUAAGUCUGACAGUGUGGCGGUCGGAGGGACUCCGGCAAACGAGGAGGCGGCUGCUGUAGAGGAAGAAAUUGAGUUCAAAGCGCCUCCACCUCCGCCAGAAGACGAUGGAUACAGGAAACCAGUUCAAUUGUACCGACACUGGGUCAGGCCGAAAUUUCUCCAAUACAAAUAUAUGUACAACUACAGAACCAAUUAUUAUGAUGAUGUGAUUGACUAUAUUGAUAAAAAACAAACUGGAGUGGCACGUGACAUACCAAGACCCCAGACAUGGGCGGAACGUGUCCUGCGCACUCGAAAUAUCAGCAGUGGCAUUGAUUCGUUUGCUCCAUCGGCAAAAAGGGACAAGCAAUUAAUUCAAACAUUGGCGGCCUCGAUUAGAACUUAUAAUUACCACACCAAGGCAUACAUUAACCAAAGGUAUGCUAGUGUGCUUUAGUGAGCACACCU